UAGCAUAGUUAUCGAAUCAACGGCGGCAAUUUUCUUACCUUCACCAAUGAGAGUCGUGCAGAGGCGGGAGCUGCGGUCCUGUAAAGGCUGGCACUUGGUUUCACAGCGGCGUCUGCUCUCGUCCCAUUGGCGCAGGUGAUCCGUCUCAGGAUGCGAGUGGAGAGCGGAGGAGAGGGGAAGAGAGAGGGGAAAGCGCCGAUGGAAAAGUAUCCAGGGCUCGGUUAGGAAGAGAACAGGAGUUCGGGCCGCUUCCGCUUGUCCUCGGGCCACUCGGCGAUGAGAGCUUGACCGAAAGGGGCACUUUGAGAUAUGAUGAGGUUUAUCUCUGGUCGGCGAUAGUACUAUGAUUUGGUAUGUGGCCACUUUGAUAGCAAGUGUAUUCAGCAGCCGAGGAACGGCCGCUCAAGGUGCCCACGGAGUGCGAGAGGAGCCCCAGUUUGUGACAGCACGUGCAGGAGAGAACGUCAUCCUGGGAUGCGACGUGUCCCACCCCCUGAACGGCCAGCCCUACGUGGUGGAGUGGUUCAAGUAUGGAAUGCCCAUCCCCUUCUUCAUCAACUUUCGCUUCUACCCUCCUCACGUGGACCCAGAAUAUGCUGGCCGCGCCACUCUGUACGGCAAGUCCUCCCUGCGGAUAGAGAACGUGCGUUCGGACGACCAGGGCUGGUAUGAGUGUAAGGUGCUGAUGCUGGAGCAGCACUACGACAGCUUCCACAACGGUAGCUGGGUGCAUCUGACUGUCAAUGCUCCUCCGUCCUUCAAGGAAACGCCACCUCUGUAUGUGGAGGCCAAGGAGACGGGGAGCAUCACACUGACCUGUACAGCUUUUGGCAACCCCAAACCCUCUGUCAGCUGGCUGCGGGAAGGCACUGUCAUGGUCAGCAGUGCCAAGUAUAAGGUGUCUGAUGGGAGUUUGACGGUGCUAUCCAUUACACGGGAGGAUCGAGGGGCUUACUCAUGUAGAGCCUUCAGUCCUCAGGGAGAGGCCAUUCACACCACACGGCUGCUAGUACAAGGCCCGCCAUUCAUCGUGGCACCGCCAGUGAACAUCACAGUGAACAUCUCGCAAGACGCCUUCUUCACUUGCCAGGCGGAGGCCUACCCCCGCAACCUGACCUACACCUGGUUCUGGGAGGAGGACAAUGUCUUCUUCAAGAAUGACCUCAAGCGCAGAGUCAGUAUUCUCAUCGACGGUUCCCUUAUCAUUGCCCAAGUUAAGCCGGAGGAUGCUGGGAAAUACACCUGUGCACCUAGCAACAGCCUGGGCCAACCACCGACUGCCUCUGCCUACCUGAUAGUGCAAUAUCCUGCCCGUGUGGUGAACAUGCCAUCUGUCAUCUACGUGGCCAUUGGUUUGCCUGGCUUCAUCCGCUGUCCUGUCGAUGCCAACCCCUCUGUAACUCUGGUUAAAUGGAAGAAGGAUGGCCUCCCUCUACGGAUAGAAAAGUACCCUGGUUGGAGCCAAAUGGAUGACGGAAGCAUCCGUGUGGCAGAGGUGACAGAGGACUCUCUCGGCACCUAUUCCUGCAUGCCUUACAAUGCCUUGGGUUCCAUGGGAUGGUCCCCUCCUGCUCCCCUGGUGCUAAAGGACCCUCCCAAAUUUUCAGUGGUUCCUGGAGGGGAGUACAGGCAGGAGGUUGGGAGAGAACUUGUUAUCCCCUGUGAGGCGGAGGGAGACCCUUUCCCUAACAUCACAUGGCGGAAGGUGGGGAAGCCCAGCAAAAGCAAGCACAAUGUUCUGCCCCGUGGCAGCUUACAGUUCAAAUCACUCACCAAGGAGGACCACGGGGAGUGGGAGUGUGUCGCCACCAAUGUCGCUACGAGCAUCACUGCCAGCACGCACGUUCAAGUCAUAGGCACAAGCCCCCACGCCCCCACUGGCAUCCGUGUGGCGGCUUCCUCCAUCUGGGCCAACGUGUCCUGGGUGGUGGGCUACGAUGGAGGAUUCCAACAGACAUUCUCAGUCUGGCUGAAGAGGGAGCAUUUAGGUCCACAUGACUGGCAGUCCAUAGCCGUGCCUGGAGGCCAUGACUGGAUGCUGGUACCUGGUUUGGAGCCAGAGACAACAUACCAGUUCAGUGUACUGGCCCAAAACAAGCUUGGCACAGGACCCUUCAGCGAGGUUGUCACUGUGAACACACUAGUAUUUCCUAUAAGUACCCCUGAACCAUUGGUGCUGCUUACCCCACCACGGUGCCUCACAGCCAAUCGCACGCAGCAGGGAGUCCUGCUCACUUGGAUCCCACCUGCCAAUCACACAGCACCUAUCCAGCAUUAUAUCAUGGAGUUUCGACUGGGGGAGAGAUGGGAGGUCUUGGACGACAGCAUUUCUGCUGGGGAGACGGAGUUGCUGGCCCGAGACCUCAUCCAGGAAGCCUGGUAUGAGUUCCGUGUCAUGGCCGUCAUGGACGACAUGAUCAGCGAGCCCAGCAACGUAGUUGGAGUGUCUAGCACAGACUUCUUCCCUCCUCCAGAGCUGGUGGAGGAGCGUGGACUGGCUCGGCCCGUGGUGGCAGGUAUUGUGGCCACCAUCUGUUUUCUAGCAGCAGCAGUUCUCUUCAGUACCAUGGCUGCCUGCUUUGUCAACAAACAGCGUCGCAGGAAACUCAAGAGGAAAAAAGACCCUCCUCUGUCAAUAACUCACUGCAGAAAAAGUGUGGAAACUCCGUCAUCUUCAGGCAAGGUGAGCCCUGAGAGUAUCCGUUCCAAGGCAUCCCAGUCAGAAACAUCUGAGGAUGGCUAUGACCAUCGUGGGAAGAAACCUCCUCCAAGUCCUGGGAAGAGGGAAGAAUUAUCUUUGUACAAGAAGACAAAAAGAGCAAUAACAAGUAAGAAGUACGGCACAAAGCACGAAGCUGAAGCAACGACACCGAUUGAACUCAUAAGCCGAGGCCCCGAUGGACGCUUCGUCAUUGAUCCCAAUGAUGCUGACAUAUCCGUUAAGCCGCGGCGGAUUGAAGGCUUCCCGUUUGUGGAAGAAUCAGAUCUCUACCCAGAAUUUCGGCAGUCUGAUGAAGAAAAUGAUGAUCCAAGACCUCUGCCACCAGUUAUGGCCCCCCUUCGGACACAUCAAAUUUCCCCAAUCUCCAGUCAAGAAUCAUAUCUUCAACCUCCAGCCUACAGCCCUCGUUUCCACAGGCCCUUCGAAGGUAUGACCAUCAUGGAGAGCAGUCGGCUCCAGGCCACAGGGCAGAUCCGUGGUUCACUCCACCACAGGGCUUUCUAUGGCUAUCUAGGCCCCCCUGGGGAUCAUGACGCACCACCUCCUUUUUACAUGCCUGAAACCAGCCCUCUCAGCUCUGUCAUGUCCUCCCCUCCAUACCUUACUGAAGGUCCUUACGGUCACCCUGUGAUUCCUGAAGAAAUAGGAGAGGGUGAUUUCCCACAAUAUGCUGUCUCUGGUUUCCCGCUUCCUCUGACACUCACCUCUUCCUCGCGUUCCCCGGAAAUUUGGCAAGGGGUAGAUUUCACUUUUGCAAGUUUGGAGGGACCUCAAUUCAUUUUUCCACCUCAUCACCCUUUGCAGCUCCGUCAUGAUUCCCCUUACCCUCCCCCUCAUGUUCUUCCCCUUAGUGCUUUCCAGACCUCCACCCUCCCUAUGCCUACAUACCCAGCCGUCCUGCCACUGGAGGCCCCAAAGAGCUACUCAAGCAAGUCUCCCAGCAAGGCAAAGCCUCAUGGCUCUCCAGCCAAGCAUUUAACUAUGCAAGAGGCACAUUUAGGGCAGCUAAGACACACAAGCCACGGUAUGGGUGUGCCAGUUUUGCCUUACACUGAUCCAAUGGCGCAUAUUGUCCCUAGCACAUUCAGUAGCCUGGACACGCGGUGGUUUGAGGCCACUCCUCGUUUUAGUCCCAGACAGGCUCGUAGGAUGGAUUCUGGCAUACAUCAGGUGGUUCUCCAGCCCUCUCGACUUUCACCACUCACACAGAGCCCUUUUAGUUCCCACGAGGGCUCCCCAGAGAUUGUAGUGCGCCCCAGGCCGCGUCCCAGCAUUGUCCAACCACCUAUACCACCAGAGAUGUCUGAGAUUACCCUCCUCCCUCCUUCCACAGCCAGCUUCUCCAGGAGAUCAUCCCCUUCCUCCUCACCUGCCCAAGGCCAGGGUAGUAGGAGAGCAAGCCCCAGCUACCGUUCCCACUUGGCCUUUGCCACAUCUGCAACCAGCUACCCAGCUUCCCAGUCUCCAUCACCUCCUAUGGACAGCAGCAUCAUAUUUGGGCAGAUGUCAUCUCAGAGGAGGACUGAGGAGGAGAUCCUUCCGUCUGAGCCUUCUCCACCCCAGUUAUCAGCUUCAGGAAAACAUCGAGGUGCGCUGAGUGCCCUAUCAGGGUCUGAGAGGAUUGAUGCACUGAGGUACCAACGUAUUAAAAAGACCAAGAAGAUGACAGUAAACAACAAUAAUUCCAAGUCCAGGAAGAAAGCAGGUGUCUCCACCUCUCAGACCCAGCAGGCCUACACCUCUCAGGUACUUCAGCCAGAGGAAGCGCUCUACCUCCGCAAGAAGAGGAAACGGCCCAUUCUCCAUGACCCAUACACUCGCUUUUCUGCUCUGCUGUAUCGCCGCCAACCUCGGGAGGACCAGAAAGCUAUUUUGGCGAGCAUGGACAACAUAGACCUCGACCAUGCUACUCUCCUCUGAAGGUCCUUGAAGACAAAGUCACAACACAAUAUGGCCCUGGUUCUAAACAUAACAAUUUUGAAGAAAAGAAUCAACAAAAAACAACUAUCAGAACUUUUCUAACCAUCUGUAUCGGGGAAUCACUAAAUUUGACCGUUCAUUCUAUUCUUCCAACUCAUUUGGUCAUUUAAAUCGUAUUAGUAACCGUUCUGAGAAACUGACGGACGCCUGAGGACUCCAAAUAACAAGAGUCCAAAAUUAGUCCCCAAAGUACAGAUUAAAUCUGUAGUAGCAGAAUUUGUUUCUUAAAUCUGAAGUCACAUGACUACCAUGAUACUGAGCCAUUGGAGGUUCUGUACACAAAUCUCUCCCCCCACCAUGAGCACUAGCAGGCACUCUGGCAAUCGUUCAUCUAAACCCUUGGCGUUACCAAUGCUGAAAAUAGCAACUUUUAAUGAAAGGAUAGUUGACAUUUUAGAGGAGAAAAUAUCAUUUAUUUCUUUCUGAACAAAGUCCACCAUCAUCUUUCUCUUUAUUUAAUUACUUGACUUAAUGAAUCAUUGAUAAAAAUGCCAAAACUAUCCUGCCUACUCCAGCUUUAAUGCUGCGAGGGAAAUCAUGGUUCUAACCUUUAUCUCUCUAAGGUUUGAAACUUUUUUUUUUGACUGGGAUUCCCAUCUACACAUAACAGUUCUGUGUGUGUUAGAAUUGAGAAAUAUAGCCCUUUAAAACAUUCAGCAGCAGAUUAGAUUAAAAUGUGUCACCACAAAUUUCAAAGUUUUACUCCAGUGCAAAAACCUGCAUUACUAUAAACUUGAUAACUAUAUAUAUAUGUAUAAAUAUAUUAGUGAUACUUGAUUACUAACUCCCAUCGUUCAACAUUUUUAUUUAAAAUUGAAAAUUUCUCCAGGCUUGGGUCUUGGGUCACAAUGAGCUGAGCCAACUCCCCCUCCUCUCCCGUUCCCUCCCCCCGGUCUCUGUUUACAGCAACCUCACAUCGGAUCCGUUCCGCCAGCAAAGUCUCUACUCUGCCGACAAACUAGCCUCGCAAACUAUGGAUAUUCUCACUUCCUACCAAGUUUACCUCAGAGCACAGGACACGAGACCACACAACCACCAGGAUCAGCCAGCAGAACUCACUAGCUUCUCUCCACUCCUUCACAUAUCCUUUUCUUUUUCUAUAGACUUUUUCUACAAUCCAAAGUUUAUGUGCUUUUUUCUAGUUGGUUAGGUGUGCACACAUACAGUUACUCUGUCUUGCACCUAGUUUUGUCACAAAAGAAAAAAAAAUAGUGCUUUAUUAAUAUUUUCUCUGCAGACACACAAAAAAAUAUAAC